AUGGAGAGGAAUGACACGGGUCCGAGCGGCGCGUGCGAGAGCGAGGCGGAAUGCCGAGUUGCGCCGGAUAACUGCACUGGCGCGCUGGACGCUAAUCUUUCCGUGCGCUGCUGGCUGCAUCUGCUGACUAAAGAGUAUGACUCGACGCUCCAGGGCGACCCCUCGAGCCUGGUGUUGCGCGUUGCGAUCGCCCUCGUGUACACGGUGGUGUGCGCGCUGGGGCUGGUGGGCAACGCGCUGGCACUCUACCUGCUCCACUCGCACCAUCGGCAGAAGCAGAGCUCCAUUGACUGCUUCGUUAUGGGCCUGGCCUUUACUGACCUGCAGUUUGUGCUCACACUGCCCUUCUGGGCCAUGGACACAGCCCUGGACUUCCGCUGGCCCUUUGGUCGUGUCAUGUGCAAAAUUGUGAGCUCUGUAACCACCAUGAACAUGUAUGCCAGCGUGUUCUUCCUCACCAGCAUGAGUGUGGCUCGGUACUACUCCAUCACAUCAUCCCUGAAGAUGCAUGGACACCAGUCAGCUGCGAUCAGGGCCAAGUGGGUCAGUGUAGGCAUCUGGGCUAUGUCGCUCCUAGCCACGCUGCCACAUGCUGUCUACUCCACCAUCGCCCAGGUGGCCCCGGAUGAGGAGCUGUGCCUUGUUCGCUUCCCGGAGUCAGGCAACUGGGAUCCUCAGAAGCUUUUGGGCCUGUACCAGCUGCAGAAGGUGUUGCUGGGAUUCGUCAUCCCGCUGGUAGUGAUCACACUGUGCUACCUGCUGCUCCUGCGCUUCGUGAUGAGCCACAGGAUCCUUGGCAGCAUAAGCUCCGAGACUGAACAGGGUCGCAACAAGCGCCGGUCCAAAGUCACAAAAUCGGUUGUGAUUAUUGUGCUUUCCUUCUUUCUCUGCUGGCUGCCCAAUCAGGCGCUUACACUCUGGGCUGUGCUCAUUAAGUUUGAUAUGGUGCCCUUCAGCAAUGCCUUCUACAAUGCCCAGGCUUAUGCUUUUCCACUCUCUGUGUGCCUGGCACACACUAACAGCUGCCUCAACCCGGUGCUCUACUGCCUCAUUCGCAGAGAGUUCCGUGCCGGCCUUAAGGAGCUAGUGAUUAGGGUUACACCGUCUUACCGCAGCCUGGCACAGGUGUUCCCUCGAAAGGCAAAAGUGGCAGAGGCACCCGCUGUUUUAGUGUUAGUGCAGAUGGAUGUCUGA